CCAUCCCUGGGAGGAUCUUGUUUGAGAUACUAAAUCGGCAAAGUAGUCUAGUGUGCGGUUGGUGUUUUGGUUUGCUUCGGUUUAGCGUACAGCAGCAACUACAACAAUGAGUUUAUCAUUACGGACUGAGCUUGCAGUGGAUAAAACCAAAAGAAAAAAAAGAAGGGAGCUAACAGAUGAACAGAAGCAAGAAAUAAAAGAGGCCUUUGAAUUGUUUGAUACUGAUAAAGAUAAAGAAAUAGACUAUCAUGAACUAAAGGUUGCAAUGAGAGCUUUAGGCUUUGAUGUAAAGAAAGCUGAUGUGUUGAAGAUCCUAAAAGAUUACGAUCGUGAAGGAACUGGAAAAAUUGCAUUUGAUGAUUUCAAUGAAGUGGUGACUGACUGGAUGUUGGAUCGAGACCCACAAGAAGAGAUGAUAAAGGCAUUUAAACUGUUCGAUGAUGACGACUCUGGAAAGAUAAGUCUAAGAAACCUUAGACGGGUUGCUAGAGAGCUAGGCGAAAAUAUGACAGAUGAGGAACUCCGUGCUAUGAUUGAUGAAUUUGAUAACGAUGGAGAUGGAGAAAUAAACCAGGAGGAGUUCUUUUCCAUCAUGACUGGAGACACUUAAAGGCAUUGCACUGAAAUAAAUCUUCUGUUUAACUGGAGGUGUUUAUCUGGUCCUGCUGUUGCUUUUUUGUAUACACUACCCACAUGGAUUGAAAGGUUAAUACUGACCAAGCUUUGUGUGAUGUGAACCAACAACUACUUCUCUGACAGUGUUUUGUAAAAAUGUUUAAAAGCGUGCACCGGUUUUUAAACUCAAACCGUUGUCUUUUUUUCAAGACAAAGCCAGAAAUUAAGGAAAUUAUUAUUUUAUAGAAGUUCAAAUUACAGAGAUAUUGAUUUCAUAAAUGAAAAUAUUUAAUAAAUCAAACUGUAAAAUUUGCAAUAAUCUUGACUGUGUGUGUGUAGGGUAUGCUUGUACACCAUUUCCACAAAUUAUUUGCUUAUAGGUCAUUGUUGGCCUCAUAUGGAUAUAUGGAAUAUGAAUACGUUGUUGCAUUGUACUUUUAUUUAUGUAUAUUAAAGUAGUGUGCGUUUGGGGGUUUGAAAUAAUUUUUUACAGUCCAUUACAAGAAUUUCAUAUUUUUUUGCUAGCGGUUUGAUUAUUUAUGUAUAGUACAAAAGUGUUACGCAAUAAAAUUGUAAUAUUCCCUUGCA